AUGCCCGUCCUGAAUAAGUGGCCUCAAUGGCCUGAGUUUACAUUGUCAGAUGUACCAGUCCAGUCCGAGGAACGAAUGCAAGGUUACAAAAAAGCGAUAGUUGCAGAGCAUGGCGAGCAAAACCUCCGUGACGCAUGGAUUAAAACAUGUGAGCGUCUUGAGCAAAUUACUCAACAGCUAAUCAUCGAAGGCUCGUCAAUCAUUCCAGUCCUUGAGUAUGAGAACUUGGAAAAUCUCGACGACAACGAGAAACAGCGCAUGAAAGAGCUCGGUUGUUUUGUUAUCAGAGGAGUGAUCCCCCAAGAAGAAGUCUCUCCGCAAUACAAGAGCCUCAAAGGGUAUAUUGCUUCAAAUAAGGAGUCGAUCUCGGCAUGGCCGGAGGCCAAUCCAGCAGUCUACAGAAUCUUUUGGACACCUACUCAGCAGGCAUUCCGCGGCCACUUGCGUCAUCUCCGUGUUCAAAAGUUCUUGAAUGAAUUCUGGCAUGAUAGCUCACAAGUCACCUCAUCUGAUCCGUUAACAUACGCAGAUGCUUUGCGCAUUCGCCCACCAGGCAAGGAGUUUUACGGCCUCGGACCUCAUAUUGAUGCUGGCAGCCUCUGUCGAUGGACAGAUCCUUUCUACCGCAAGGUCUAUGAGAACAUAUUCUCUGGCUCACCCGAAAAUCACGAUCCUUAUGAUCUUAAUUUGAGAAAAGAUGCCAACCAAGCAGCAUUCGAAGGCAGCGCGCACUCCACUGUCUUUCGAGCUUUUCAAGGAUGGACAGCCAUGACAGCCGCAAAACCACGCGAAGGCAGCCUCCUGCUUUACCCAUACGUUAGCGUAGCAAUGGCCUACCUAUUACUCCGACCAUUCUUUACUCCUCCGGCUCAAGGGGAUAUCAUGGACGCGUCUCGAUGGGUCUUCAAUGCGGAAAACGGGUGGUUUCCCGGCACACAUGAGGAGGAUAGUCAAUAUGUCAGCCGAGAGUCGCAUCCCCAUCUACGAUUAGAACAAUGUUUGCUUUACAUUCCGGAUAUGCGACCCGGGGAUACAAUAUGGUGGCACUGCGAUGUAAGGAGUAUGCUGCUUUCCCAUUAA